CAGAUGGCAGGUCGCCGGUGGGCCGCGACGUCAGCCCUCUGCAUGUGCGUGGCGGCCGUGUCUCUCCUGCACGCCGGCGGGGUGCGGGCAGACUGCUGGCUCAUCGAGGGGGACAAGGGCUUCGUCUGGUUGGCCAUCUGCAGCCAAAACCAGCCCCCCUACGAGUCCAUCCCCCAGCAGAUCAACAGCACCAUCGUGGACUUGCGGCUGAACGACAACAAGAUCAAGAGCGUGCAGUAUGCCUCGCUCAGCCGCUUCGGCAACCUGACAUACCUCAACCUGACGAAGAACGAGAUCUCCUACAUCGAGGACGGUGCCUUUUCAGGACAGUUCAACCUCCAGGUGCUGCAGCUGGGUUACAACCGACUGAGGAACCUCACUGAGGGCAUCCUCCGGGGCCUGGGGAAGCUGGAGUACCUCUAUCUCCAGGCCAACCUCAUCGAGACCGUCACCCCCAAUGCCUUCUGGGAGUGCCCCAACAUAGUGAACAUUGACCUGUCCAUGAACAGGAUCCAGAGACUGGACAGCAACACUUUUCGGGGCCUAAACAAGCUCUCUGUCUGUGAACUCUACAGUAACCCCUUCUACUGCUCCUGCGAGCUCCUCGGCUUCCUGCAAUGGCUGGAGGCUUUCACCAACAUGACACGCACCUACGACCGGAUGCAGUGCGACUCCCCGCCCGACUACAUGGGCUACUACUUGUUAGGCCAAGGCCGGACUGGCUACCGCAAUGCUCUGAGCAUGCUCUCUUCCCUUUGCACUGGUGGCUCCUACACUGUGAUCCCUCGUUUUAUCCCUCCCAGGUACCAGGUGACCACGGUGCCCUCCGAAAGCCCCUGCUCCGAGGAGGAGUGCUCCUCUGGCGACGGCACGACGCCGCAGUUCUCCCUGUUCACGCCCAUUGGUGAGACGGAGGUGCGCCCCAACAUCCAGGUGAAGCACCUCAACCACAACUCGGCCGUCCUCACCGUGCAGAUCCCCUACCCCUUCAGCAAGAUGUACAUCCUCUCCCAGUUCGAAAACGGCUUCUCCUCCAUGAUCACCAAGCUCAGGAAGAAGGAGGAGAACAUCACCGUGAGCAACCUAGUAGCACAAAGAGAUUACACCUACUGUGUAGUCUCUGUUCACCAGUACUCCAAGUACAACCACACCUGCGUCACCAUCACCCCCACCAGACCCAACCGCAAGGAGCCGGUGCCCACCCCCUCCACUGCCACCCAUUAUAUCAUGACAAUCCUGGGCUGUCUCUUUGGCAUGGUGAUUGUCCUGGGUGUGGUUUAUUACUGCCUCCGGAAGAGGCGCCAGCAGGAGGAGAAGCACAAAAAGGCUGCCGGCAGCAUGAAGAAGACCAUCAUUGAGCUGAAGUAUGGGCCAGAAAUGGAGACCACCAGCAUCACCCAGCUGUCCCAGGGACAGAUUCUGGGUGGGGAGACAGUGACCCGCAUCCCUUACCUACCUUCUGCUGGUGAGGUCGAGCAGUACAAGCUGAUUGAGAGCAGCGAGACUCCCAAGGCCACCAAGGGCAACUACAUGGAGGUGAGGACGGGUGAGCAGCCUGAGAGGCGAGACUGUGAGCUGUCCCUGCCGCCAGACACCCAGGGCUCUGUGGCUGAGAUCUCCACCAUUGCCAAGGAGGUGGACAAGGUGAACCAGAUCAUCAACAACUGCAUCGAUGCCUUGAAAUCCGAGUCCACCUCCUUCCAAGGGGUGAAGUCGGGGGCAGUCUCCACGGUGGAGCCUCAGCUGGUGCUCUUAUCAGAGCAGAUCCCCAGCAAGCAUGGAUUCCUUUCCCCUGUCUACAAGGAAAGCUACAACCACCCUCUCCAGCGACACCACAGCAUGGAGGCGGCCCCCAAACGCUCCAGCACCUCUUCCAGUGGCUCCAUACGGAGCCCCAGGUCCUACCGCUCUGAGGGAUCGGGCCACAAAUCCGAAGCCAAAUACAUUGAGAAGACAUCCCCCACCACCGACACCAUCCUCACUGUGACACCGGCUGCUGCCAUCCUGCGGGCAGAGGCGGAGAAGAUCCGCCAGUACAGCGAACACCGGCACUCGUACCCCAGCUCGCACCCAGGGGAGCAGCACGACAGCAUGGGCGGGAGGAAACCCUCCAUCCUGGAGCCUCUGACCCGUCCUCGCCCCAGAGACCUGGCCUACUCCCAGCUCUCGCCUCAGUAUCACAACCUGAGCUACACCUCCAGCCCAGAGUACACCUGCAAACCAUCGCACAGCAUCUGGGAGCGCUUCAAACUCAACCGCAAGCGGCACAAAGACGAGGAGGAGUACAUGGCAGCCGGCCAUGCCCUACGCAAAAAGGUCCAGUUUGCCAAAGACGAGGAUCUUCACGACAUCUUAGACUACUGGAAGGGCGUCUCUGCCCAGCAAAAGUCCUGAGUCCUCACAUAACUCGUGACUUAACACACUAACUGGACCAAAAGAAAUCCGCAGCAGCUAUUUUUAUUCAGACUGUCUUUGAAACAAAAUAAAAUUAAAAAUAAAAAAAAAAAAGAGUCAAUAAAAAAAUGAAAGAGAGAACAAAUAAUGAAAAAUCUAUAAAUAUUCUAUAUAAUAUAUAAAGUGAGAUAUUAAAAUGUCCUCACAUUGGUGAGACAUGCACCAAAUUUGAACAUAAACUUUGCAAAACGAACUGUGGAGUGGGAAUAAAAAAAAGUUUUGUUUCAUUCUGAUUUUUUAAAAAAAUAUAAGAAAAAAGAAAAAAUUGAAUAUAAAAUGAAAAUGAAAGAGUGGGCAGAGAGCUGAGGUCUGGCGUUUUCCAAUAUUGCAUUGCAUGAGUCCCUAUUCCGUGAUUUUGUGGAUUCUUUGUGAACAGUUUGUGUUCUUCCUUCCUUCCCUUCCAAAAUCAACAGCGACAAAAACAGCAACAAAAACCAAAAAGAGACCAGAAGGAGCUCCAUCUUUUGGGCUGUUUUUGCAAACGGAGUCUUCCAGUUUAGACUUUUACCCGGUUGAAGGCCCGUUCACAUUUUCACUCACUAAGAGGUUUUACCACACAUUGCAUUGUAAACUGAAGUCGUUAAUUGUACAGAGAAAAUUUCUAUAUUUGCAAUGUUUGCUGUAUAAUGAGAAAGAGAGAGGAGAAAAAAAACAAUACUACAUCUACUAAAAAAAAAUAUAUAUAUAUCUAUAUUCACGUGUUUGUAUCAGGUUUUAAUCAUGGAUUUUAGAGAAAGAGAUGGAGUUUUAUUUGAAGGAA